AAUCUCAAAAAUGACAUCUAGAUUGCGGCGGAGCUUGGAGCAACUGGGACGCUGAGGAAAGAAAAAGAAGUACUGAGCUUUUGUUUUGGGAUUCCAACCAAAACAAAAAGGCGCAGCGAUUUUACGCACGCACUCCAGUUUUGGAUGCAUCAGCUCCAGAGAGGACUUUUACUGCCUCUUUUGGAAAUGUAGUUGCGCUCUUGGGGAUAUCUGAAGAAGGCGUUUGUUCGCACUAGUUGAUGAGAGAAGUGAGAGCGGCCGAGGCUCCGUUUCCUGUGUUCGCCAGCGCGCUGCAGCUGGACCGAAGAAGCCCCGCAGGGCUGACUGAACGCCGGUCCUCCUUUCCCCCCCGCUUCCAACCACAGCCGCUCCGCUGCCAGUCCGCUCCUUAAAGUCGGCGGAGGAGAAAAGGUGAAAAGAGAAAAAUGUGCGACCUGAUGCCAGCCUCCCAGCCCGCGGAGAAGAUCGGCAAAAUGAAAAAGUUGAGGAGAACUUUGUCCGAGAGUUUCAGGAGUAUCGCUUUCAAGAAGGAGGACAGCGGCUUUGAUGAGAUAUGUGUCACAAAGAUGUCCACACGCAGCUGCCAGGGAACAGACUCGGUCAUCAAGCCCCUGGACACCAUCCCUGAGGACAAGAAGGUGAGAGUUCAGCGCACGCAGAGCGGCUUCGACCCGUUCGAGAAGCCUGCCAGCCAGGUGAAGAGGGUCCACUCUGAGAACAAUGCCUGCAUCAACGCCAAAGGCUCAUCUGCUGGCAAAGAGUCGCCGAAACUGCGCCGACACUCCAGCCCUAGUUCUCCCACAAGUCCCAAAUUUGGAAAGGCAGAUUCUUACGAAAAGCUGGAGAAACUGGGAGAGGGUUCAUAUGCUACAGUCUACAAAGGAAAGAGCAAGGUGAAUGGGAAACUGGUGGCUCUUAAGGUGAUUCGUCUGCAGGAGGAGGAGGGGACGCCCUUCACGGCCAUUAGGGAAGCGUCUCUUCUGAAAGGCCUGAAGCAUGCCAACAUAGUGCUCCUCCAUGACAUCAUCCACACCAAGGAAACCCUGACUCUGGUCUUUGAAUAUGUGCACACAGACCUGUGUCAGUACAUGGACAAACACCCCGGGGGGCUCCAUCCAGAUAACGUGAAGCUCUUCCUGUUCCAGUUGCUGAGGGGCCUGUCCUACAUCCACCAGAGGUACAUUCUUCACCGCGACCUGAAGCCGCAAAACCUGCUCAUCAGCGACACCGGAGAGCUGAAACUUGCUGACUUUGGCCUGGCCAGGGCCAAGUCGGUCCCCAGCCAUACAUACUCCAACGAGGUGGUGACCCUGUGGUACCGGCCUCCAGAUGUCCUGCUGGGAUCCACGGACUAUUCCACCUGCCUGGACAUGUGGGGAGUGGGCUGUAUUUUCAUUGAGAUGAUCCAAGGAGUGGCUGCCUUUCCGGGUAUGAAGGACAUCCAGGACCAGCUGGAGAGGAUAUUCCUGGUCCUUGGUACUCCAUCUGAAGACACGUGGCCUGGCGUGAACUCCCUGCCUCACUUCAAACCAGGUAAUCGCUUUACGGUGUACAGCGCAAAGAAGCUCAGACAAGCUUGGAAUAAGUUGGGCUACGUGGACCAUGCUGAGGAGUUGGCCUCCAGGUUCCUCCAGUGCUUCCCAAAGAACCGGCUGUCGGCCCAGGCAGCGCUGAACCACGAGUACUUCAGCAACCUUCCUCCACGGCUCUGGGAGCUGCAGGACAUGUCUUCUAUCUUCACCGUACCAAAUGUCAAGCUGCAGACGGAGAGCGGGGACAGCAUACAGGUGUGCGCGCGAAGGAACAGUCAUGGGAAGGCAUCCUCUGGCAGCAGCAAACACUGACCUGAGGCGGCAUCCUGCACACGGCUGCCUGACAGGUGGCUGCUGAUGAACGGAUGAAGAUGCUGACGCAGAGGAUCCAGACGAAACGAAAGAGCCCCAGUUCUCUUUAUUUAUUACCUUCACAAUACGUGUGAGCGUGAGUGUGUGUGUGUGUGCGUGUGUGUGUGUGGGUGGGAAGCAGAGCGAACAUUGAGCAUGUGUGCGUUACGAAUGGUACCUAAGAGUUCAGGCUAUCAUUUGCAAAUUUUGUUUACUUUUUAUAAGGUUCCAAUAACUCAUAUAUCAUUGUCACAGUUAAAAAACAAAAAAACAAAAAAAACAAAAACAAAAGGACUUUACUAUUGGUACAUAUUGUGUUUUGUGUUUGUAACUAGCCUCCUAUUUAAGAAUGUAUAUUUGUAUGUAUGAUAUACUCAUCUAGAAACUAUAUAAUGGACAGUUUUACUAUUGCUUCAUCUUCUUACCACUAUACUGCUCUUGCCAAUACACGUAACGAAACGAGACACACAGGAAACAAAACACAUCCGUGAAACAGAAAUAAGAAAACGGUGAAUCCUUAAAAAUUGGUUUUCUAGUUUUUCCUUAUCAGUCUCAACUUUUUUGGAACACUGUUAAUAAUAAUAAUAAUAAUAAUAAUAAUAACGACGGAGGGCUUUCAGGUGAUGUAACACAUCCUCUGGCGGCCAUAUUGGAGGUCCUUGGUGUCUUCGGUCGCUGAGAACAGACGCUUUUUUCUUUUCGUUUUAAAUGUUGAACUCUGCAGACUCAGCAGUCACUGCAUGGUCAAUUUAUACGUCCUUCAAAGGUCGAAAUGAUCCGUUCACACAACUUAGUAGCUAACUGUCGUAUUUGUCGGGUAACCGUUGCCAUUUUUUGUAUCAGCAAAUCACAUGGAGACACAGGAAAUGCACAUCUCAUCGGUAAUAGUAAAUAGCGGUUUGUAGUUCAGUAUGAACCUAUUGAUAUUUUGUCAGAUUUUACUGUUUUUGCUCUUUUUUUGGACUGGGUUAAGGUUGAACAGUUUGUACGAAAGAAAUCCAUUUUUGCAGCAUUGAUUUGGUAGUUUGAACCAUCAAAAUAAUUCUCUCUAAAAGGUUGAGACUAGGGGAGUGAUGAUGUGCAGUAAUGACAAAUGUGAAAAACGAACAAGGAAGUAGCUCACGAGUGACAGCAAGCCGUGUGUUGUUUAGAUUUGGGAGGUGUUCGCACACACCUUUUCAACUAGUCACUGAUCACAUGACAAUAACAACGCUUCCUAGAAGACAGGCGAUGGACCCAGUGGGUUGUUGCCACAAACUAGCAUACUUUACUAAAGAUGAAGCCCAUACUACCAUGACAUCUCAGUCCUGAAAUACAACUAAAGUACUACUGCAGUGCAUGUGAAAAGACAUCCGCUAACGCUAGCAGAGGAACGGUCCAACUCCUCUGGACAGUAGUUAGUAACAACUGAGAGAAGGAGGCUGCAUCUACUCUUUUAUAAAGUUAUUGGACCUUUAGCUUCAGAGAAAUAUUCAGCUACACCAUCCAAAUCUAACAACAUGCUGUGGAGUACUGUUAAAUGCUGCUGAUGGUGCUGCGAAGCAGCCUGUUUUUAUACAGGCUAUACAUGUCUGCAGCUCACGGUUUGUAGCACAUGAGCUGUCUGUUCUCAGCAUAUGUGUUCUGAUCAAGAAUAUAGACUUAAUUGUUGCAAAGGAUUACUUUCCACUGUGUUUUUAUUAUUGUCAUCAGUGACUAGUUCACAGUUGUGCAACCCCUACAACCCACAGCUGAUUAUGGUUAAACCUUUUCAUUGUCUGGUACUAGUAAAACUCAUUUAAUAGCGUAUAAUGCUGCAUCUCCAUAUGCUACUAAUACUCACACUUGCACAAGUUUCCUCUCUAAAAUCAGGAGGAUGUCUUGUUGGAUGAUGGUGGUAAAAAAAAAAAAAAAACUCCCUUAAUAAGGUCCUGAUAAGUGACAGUGAUUCUGCUUUAAUUCAUUCUGUGGACCUCCACGAUGGAACCAGAUCUAAGUAACACAAACGUUGUGUUGCGACUGAAAAGCCUCGAACCGCGAACGAUCUCCGCCCGCGGAUGUUGACGGCGUACACAUAACACGACAGGGACAGCACCAACCAGUGCGCGCAUGGGUAUAGACGCAAUACUGUAACCGACAAUAGCGUGUGUCUGACGGAAGAGUGUGCGUGUGUUACGUGCGUGUGUGCAAGUGUAUUAAACAUGGGCAAUAGCUAAGCAUUGGUGCUUCCAUUCAUAUAUAUGAGCUACUACUAUAGGUACAACGCAGACGAAGCAAUAGGCUGCACGGCCUGUUGUCGUUCAAUCCAGCCCGCGACAAUCCCGCUUUUCACUUUAUCUGAUAAGAGAUCUGCAAUAUCCUCUCAGAAACAGGCGAUCUGUUUCAACAACUGCAACUUUUUACGAGUCAAAUGAAGCGUAUGGAUGAGUGAUUUGCAGUGAGUGUUGUGUGCAUCGUGCAGGUGGUGAAUACUGAUCAGUCCCUAUAACCACCAUAUGUGCGCCCCUCAACGUGCUACAUACUAGAUACUGUAUGUCCUGGGGCUCGAUACCAUGACGGAGGUGAGAUGUUUUUUUGUUUUUUUGUUUUUUUUUUUAAUGUUUUGUGUGAAGAUAUCUGCUGAAUAUUACAGCUUUGGUUCUAAUUGUGAAGUACUAUCAGAACAAUGGCUUCCUCUUUAUCAAUCAGUUUGAAAUUGACUGUAACAAUAAGCCCCGUGCUGCUGUGAUUAGCCAAAAAGAUGAGACUGCAAAUGUGACCCCACAUGGAGAAAGGGAAUACUACCUGUGGAUUAUCUACCAUGUCCCUUCACGGCCUCUCGAACACACGCAAACAUGUGCACACAUAAUAUACAUAAUAUAUUGUAGUAGAUGUCUUGCCUAAAGCUCCUCGCGCCCGUCUAGUCCCGUCCGCUGCAGCGCGGUGUGACCCUACAGCCCCUCCUUGCUCCCCUCCUACUCAUAUUAAAAACAUGCUUGGAUUUAUUUUUUUAACUCGUUAAGAGCGGAUGUGUACAUCCCUUUAAGACUUGGUUUACAUUCAGAAAACCCUCAGGCUUUAGAAGCUUGUUUCCAGCCAAUGCAGAGGGUUUAAGAAGGCUUUUAAGAGGGAGCCUCCGGCCUUAAUGGGUUAAUACAAGCGCGUAUGUGACGCAUUCAUCCCUCGUCUCCGUACCGGCCUGGAGGUGGUGCAUUCUACGAAUCCAAAUGUUUUUUAACAUUUUUGGGUGGGAUAUUUUCAAGUCUAUGGGUGUGAGAAACGACAUUCCAAAACCGUUGUUAAUACGACACAAUUAGACAAAUUUAGUGGUUAUAUCUCGAUACGGGAAAUCACAAAAGCUCAUUGCUAGAUUUUUUUUUUUUUCAGGAGCUGGUGGCCCGAGUGGCCUUUAGGGAAGAGGUAUAAAUAAGGUCAGGUCAGUGCAGGUCAGUCAGUGAAUGAAAACAAACAUUAAUCUGCGUUGUGUUUUGCUGAGUUUCUGGAAACCUGGUUGAGGUUUCUGCUACUUUGGGGUUUGGGACUCGUCUUGGCCGGACUUUGGAAUGCAUUUUUUAUUUUUUUUUAUUUUUUUUUACUGUGUAGCCACUUGAUGAAGGGAUAGCAUCUCGAAGUGUUGACAGGUCGGGAUGAUUACAGUCAUCUAUGAUUGUUUCCUCGUGCAGAUGCCAGGCGAGUAUUGAGUUGAGAUAGGCUUGAAAAUAUCCUAAACCAUCUUUCCCAAAACCACUGAAGGAAGGCAACUGGACUUUCCUGAAGAGGUUUCAACCAAGUGUUCAGUUCUGAGGGCCUGUUCCGAUGUUGCAUUAAGAUCUGAUCUGAGCUAUAUGAUUGCAGAUGCCUGCAUUCAGACUAUGAGACACCAGUACACCUGUGAGCCAGACCACCUCCAAACGUGCUCCAUGAUCAGAUCUUGAUGCAAGGUCCGAACCCCAGACCCUGGUCAUGUGUUCACCCACAUAUGUUCCCAUUCUCACCCGUCUUUCAGAGCUUAAGAAGCUACUUGGAUGAAGAAACUCUACAAGUCCAGUUCCCUUUCUUCAGCGUUUUUGGAACUUACCAUGACCUGGAUGAGUGAGAACCUUCACAGACAUCCUAAAACUUUAAAGGGGGAAACUGAGCAAAGAAGUCGUGUAGCGCUUAGGCAUUUUAUCACGACUUUAUUCCUCUUUGACCAUACGGUUUGAGGCAAAAAAGAAAAAUAAAAAAAUAACGAUACGGUCCAACUCUCCCAACAGCGUUUUAAAAAUGCACUUUAAAGUACAAUCUGUUUGCCCUACAUUCCAUCCUUUAUAGUCGCUUUUAUGCACUGGCUUUGCCCGUAAUGAUAAAUAUAAAUAUAUUUACCCUUGCUUUGCCCCGACGCGCAGCGGAACCAGCCUCUCCCCGCAAAUGUAAAUGCACCGUCCCUGGUUUUGAACCUUUUUUUUUAACCGCAGUUUGAGGAGAGCUUGUAGGAAAUGCUGUACUUGAAGUUGUCUCGUGGCUUUUCAGUGUCAUCCCCAGGCUGUUAUUGUGCGGUAGGAAUAUAAAAAAAAAAAAAAAAGAAAAAGUGGGAGGAGAGGCGGCGGGUAAUGCCAGUAAAGCGGCGUGACAGAAGAGGGUUAAUUCCAUCGAGCUGCGCUAAGAUAGCCCAGCCUCAUGUGGCUUUAAGGGAUUGCAGGCGGUAUUAGCAGCUGAAUAAUUAUUUUUGGUAUGUUUCUCCUCGUGUGCACACUCUCGACUGUGGCACACAUUGCUUCAUUCACCCACACCCACCCACCCACACCCACCCACCUACCAUCACUCUUCUGUGGAGCUUUGGCAGCCUGCAGUCUUGUACAAAAGCUAUAUUUUUGAGUCCUGUGUGGGCCGAGUUCAAACUCCGUUCAAACUUGAAUGUUCAUCAUAUGUUUUAUAAAAAAAAAUGAAAAAAAAAAGUCCAGUGGAGAAAAGAUGAAGUGGGAUUGCACAUUCAGCACUGUGACAGGAAGAGAAAAAAAAAAAAAAAAAGAGAAACGGUAGAAACGCAGAUGGUGGAAAACGGAUAAGGUGACGACAAACCUUCUAUGAACUGAAAUGCUUCCACUAUGUUUGUAUACAGGGUUGCAAAGUGUCCCCUCGAUGCUAUUAAAGAGUCAUAUAUGAACAUACAUAUGUGAUGAAUAUAGAUAUAAGUCAUCUAUUUUUGUCAUUCUUUAUCGUGUGGACAGAAGUGGUUUAUGAGGAGGGAGGUCACGCGGGUCAGAUCCUCGCAACAAUGAGUCUGUGUUUCUGCAACUUUUUUUUUUCAGUUUUCGAAGCUUCUCUCGCGUAUUGGAUUUUUAUUUUAUUUUUAUUUCUUUUUUUUCUUUUUGUUUUUGGUAUGCUGCACUGAAAAUACAUCAUUUUCACAAGUUGUUCGGAAAAAAAAACAGACGUGUCGCCAGUCACUGCAUCAAGUGAAAUAAUAUAGUAUACAGUAGAAUAGCUCUUGCAUUAUUUGUUACAACCUGUAUGUAAUGUUAUUAUAGAAGAUGUAAUGUCCUUCUGUAAAUGUUGUUUAAUGUUGUUUUACCUGAAAUAAAAAUUUAUUAACGCUUCA